AUGUUGUUCAACGUCGCAUCUAUCCUCUCUUUCCUCGCCCUCACCUCCCUCACCUCUGCCUUCCCUCUCCCCAAUGAGCCUCGCGGCCUUGCCAAGCGCGCCACGAACAUGCGCAUCAAGUCCUACCGCGACGGAACCUGCCUCACAGGUGCUGGCGGCAAGUGGGGUAUUGGCACCGCCAUCACUACCGGACUCUGCUCUGAGGCGCCCACUUGGACCAUCAACGACAAUGGUUCGGGAAGCAUCAUCCUUGAGCCUAGCAACACUACUCCUCAGUUGGCAUUGGACGCUGGAACCGGUACCGACAACAACGAGGGUGUCAAGCUCUGGACCUCUUACCCUGGUCUCUUCCAACAGACCUGGUACUACACCGACGACAACCGAAUCGCUAUCACCGGGGGCGACCAAUGCCUUGACCAAGGCGACGACGGACCCCAGACUUACCAGUGCACCACUGACAACACCAACCAGAUUUGGUACCUCGAGCUCAACCAGAAUGCUACCGACCCUCUUACUGGGUACCCCAUCACCGCUGCUGCUUAG